CGAUAAUCCCGAUAUGAAAAUGAUCAUGAUCUAUGAUUAAUAUAUUUUAUUGACCCUGGCUUCAGAUCGAUAUAUAGCUCAAAGUCCCCUAAAAUUAUCCCCAUCGCUUCAACUCACGUCGGUUUCUAUUCAGACAUCCACCCACCCAAUACAUCAAAGCACUCAAGAUGACCCAUUAUUUAAAGACAGGAUCUCUAAGCACGGCUCCAUCAAGCAGCAGCGCACCAACCAAUGUGCCAUCCGUUGUCAGCUCAGUAAUCGAGGAUAUUCGCAAAAAUGGAGACUCUGCCGUCCGCUCCUAUUCCGAAAAAUUUGACAGGUGGUCGCCUCCUUCCUUCAAACUUUCUGCCGAAGAUAUCGAAGAUAUCAUUAGAAGUUUACCAGAGCAGGUAAUCAAGGAUAUCAAGGAGGUGCAACACAAUGUGAGGACGUUUGCUCAGGCACAGAAGGAGAGUUUAAAAGAGUUUGAGCUUGAGAUUCAUCCAGGAGUUUUCUUGGGACAGAAAAACGUGCCAAUUAAUUCCGUAGGAUGCUAUAUUCCAGGCGGUCGCUAUCCACUCUUAGCCUCUGCUCAUAUGACUAUCCUCACCGCCAAAGUCGCCGGCGUCCCUCACGUAAUGGGAUUUACGCCCCCGAUCAACGGCUCUAUUCCCGCAGCUACAGUAGCAGCCAUGGCCAUGGCAGGUGCGGACGCAAUAUACAUUCUAGGUGGCGUGCAAGCCAUUGGUGGCAUGGCAAUCGGUACUGACACAAUCCCAAAGGUUGACUUCAUUGCUGGGCCCGGCAAUGCCUUCGUGGCCGAAGCUAAACGCCAAUUCUUUGGCGCGGUAGGCAUCGAUCUUUUUGCAGGCCCAACAGAAGUCCUAAUAAUUGCAGACGAGUCCGCAGAUGCAUUUACUGUGGCGACGGAUUUGUUGAGCCAGGCAGAACAUGGGCCUGAUACGCCUGCUGUCUUAAUUACGACUAGUGAGAGUCUAGGCAAGGAGGUAAUCAGGCUGAUUGACGUGAUUUUAAAAGAUAUGCCGACCAGGGAGCUGGCCGGAACGAGUUGGAGAGAUUUUGGAGAGGUGGCUGUAGUAGGGAAUCUUGAUGACGCGUACAAGUUAGGAGAUACAUACGCUUCAGAGCAUGUACAGAUCUUGACAAGGGAGCCGAGGGAAGCGUUGGAGAAGAUGACGAAUUACGGAGCUCUGUUCUUAGGAGAGAAGACCUGUGUUAGUUAUGGUGAUAAGGUCAUCGGGACUAACCAUGUACUCCCAACAAGAGGCGCUGCACGAUAUACGGGAGGUCUGUGGGUUGGGAAAUAUCUUAAGACUGUCACUUAUCAAGAGGUAAAAUCAGCCAAGGCGAGCGGCGAGUUAGGCCAAUUAUGUGGACGCGCUGCAAGAGUGGAGAACUUUGAGGGACAUGCUAGGUCGGGCGAUGUACGAGCCCAUCGCUUCUUAAAUGAUCAAUUCGAGUGGAUUGAUAUUGCAAAUCCGGGGACCAGAACGGCCUCAGGUACAAAACUUUAG